AUGAAUAUAAAAGUUAAGUUUCCCAAUGGGCAUUUCUUGGAGUUCUAAUGUCCAGACUAUUGGACUACUGAAUAAGUAUACCUUAACUUUAUUCUAGAUUCGAUAUUUCUCUGCCAAAAACUAAUCUUUCUAUGAUCCAGAUGCAAUUAAAUUAUAUCAUGGUGGCGUGGAAUUGUAUGGCAAUGAGAAGUUACUCGAAAUCGCAAAAAAAUAAGAGCAAAUUGUAUUCUUAACAGUAAUUGGCACUAAAAAAUAACACCCACAACCAAAUAAAUAAUUACUCUAUCAAGAAUACACUAAAAAUAUUCAAAGAGGAUUGGUAUUCAAUUAAUUAAAUGUGUCCAAUUUCCAACCCAUUAUUUCGCAAAUGCCAAUAUUGGGAUUGAAAUUUUAGUAAAACUCUGAUGAGAAAAUUGAUAAAACACCACAAUAAUAAUAAUAAAGAAGAAAUGGUAAUCAUUUAUUAAUAAAUCAGAUGACAAAGACUCCCCUAUAUAGUAAGAGAUAUAUUUCCAUUUCAAAAUGAUUUGUUAUAUCGGAGUAUUCUAUGCUUUAUUUAGCUCCUACUUUAAAGGUUAGAAUUACUAUUAUUUAUUGGCCAUUAUUGGAAUAUUCUAUUGGACCAAAUAUUAGGAAUUUAAGGCACAAUUGAGAGAAUAAUAGCAAUAAUUAUAGAGAUAAUAAUAACAACAACAAUAAAGAGACAUCAACUAAAACUAAGAAACACGAUAGUAAUAAUAAUAGCAACAAUAACAAUAAUAAUAACAAUAAUAAUAACAAUAACAAUAACAAUAGUAAUAACAAUAACAAUAACAAUAACAAUAGUAAUAACAAUAAUAAUAACAAUAAUAAUAAAAAUAUAAUUAAAAAAAUACUACUAAAGUACAACCUGAUGUUAAUUAAUAUUCAGAUGUAAAAUUAGAAUAAUAAUUUGAAUAAUAAGAAAAAUUUGAUGAUUUAGAUAUAUUUAAUGACCAGGACAACGAAUUAGAUUUGUAAUUGGAAACUUAAGAACACCUGUAGGAUUUUUUGAUUAGACAGGCUAAACUAUUGCAAGCUUAAGAAUUAUCAAGAGAUCUCUAAUAAAAUAAAACAGAAAUAAAAGAAACUAAGCAGGAAACAAACAAUUAAGACAAUGAAAGUUAAAACAUAAUUAAAAAAGAAAAACAACAAAACGAAUUUUAGAAUAAUUAAGAAAAAAUAGAGGAAGAAUUGGUAUUUGAUGAAAAAUAACUUCAUGAAAAUAUUUAAGAACCACCUAAGAUAGAAAAUGCUUAGCAAAAUAAAGAGAUUUAAAUAGAUGAACCAUAGAUUGAAUCGUAAAAUAAAGAGUAAAGAGAAAUGGAUGUUCAACAAGAAAAAUAAGAUGCUAAAGAAAAUACCUAAGAAAUAUAAUUUGAAAAAUAGCCAAAUGCUGAAUAGGAUGAAGAGCCUGAAUUAGAGGAAGAAAUGCGAAGACUUAAAUAAUAACUAUAAAGUAAUCCUUUUUAUUUAUAUAUAUAUUAGAUUAGAAGAUGACAAUAACUUCAUUUUUUAAAGCUAUUUUUGAGUUAAUCUACUGUUAUAUAAUGUCUUUAUUUCCAUUUUGGCAUGUUGGAUUGUAUCAAUAAGAAUGAAUUAAUUUAAUAUAAAU